AUGCUUGCUUUGAUAUUCCUCAUUCCUCUCUGCGUGUCCAUCGCUGCAGCCGCCGCCAUCAAACGUCAGGACGGAGUGAUCUGCGAGACCGUCCACAUUGGCGCCAUUCGUAUCUUCUCGAACGACCAAGCUGCAAGGUAUCUGCCAGACGAUGGCGCCAAUGUGACGUUCUUCACCCCCGAGCCGAGUGAGCCGCCCUUCCUUAUUGAAGGCGGUAACACCGCCCUGUAUGAGUUCCAAGAGUGUACCAGCAGCUUCAUGGGCUAUCCCGGAGUAGUUGUCAACGGAACUACCAUCGUGACCUAUGGCCAUAUCGUGCCGCUGGGGUACGGCGGCUGUCUCACAACCAAUCUGCCGACACUCGUCAACCCUGACGGGAACUACUACACCAUCUUGAACGAGACCUGCUCCACAUCUGACGACGAUUCGCAGCUGUUACAGUACUGGUCUUUGACGUACGGCGACAGGCUCAUGCGGAUCAAUUUCGUGGGCAGAACCGCGGACGGGACGACGUACAAUACUAGUGCUCUGGCUGAGAUGCUACCUCAGCUCGACUUUCUCUCCAACGAGCAGGCUGUUACUAUCGCAGCAUAUACUGAGCCUAGUUUCAUCCUGUACUCACUCCGGUUCACUGAUUAA